GAUGGGUCGUGGACACGGUCCCGGAGACUUUCUCCUGCCUCCGAUCGACAAGGCUGCCAUGACUAGUCCCGAGCCAAGGCAGAAGGCCACCAAGCCCAGCUCAGUGCCACCCCUCCCCACGGUUUCUUCGGGCUUUGCGGAGGACUCAUCGGAGCGGCAGCGAAGUGCACGGCCCACAAGGUUUCGCCCAGCCGCAACUGAUCUGCGCAACGGCGAGGACUCGGCGCCAUCGCCGCAGCCGCCGCCUCACCCGCCGAAGGGUCGGGCUCCGCGACAUCCGUACCUGUUGGAUGCCAGCCUGAAGGGCUUCUGCUGGCGAACGUCCUUCGAAAAGAUACGUCCUUCUGCCGAAAAGGCUGACAAGGUGUACUUUGCACCAGUGGUGCCGGGUGUACCAUGUCCUCGAAAAGGACGACGUCCCAGAAGGCAGAAUGGGGGCAUGCUCCCGCUGCAAACCUACACGAUUCAGCCGCCUGCUCCAGCCUCUUCUGUUCCAAGGGCGAAGGUGCUGUCGACACUCCGGACAGCCCUAGCGGCUGAGGGGCUGCCCGAGGAUGCUGCGAGUCGUGUGCUCGAUGCUGUGGACGAAGCAUUUGAGGAGGAAGCUGUCGAGUUGAUGCCCAAGCCUGCCUCCAAGGUCGACAACUCCUUCAAUGACACACCCCAGGUGACAGAGGAUGAAAGCCCAAGUGCCCCCACGGAG